UCUAUAGUAACGGUAAACGGUGGACUCUGUGGUAAGGAGCAGUCCGCUCAGAGCUAUAGGGUUAAUAAAAUAACUCGAGCUGUGAGAAUUUGACUGAACUCGGAGGUUUUCUGCUGGUUUUCUGGUGAGAUAAUGGAGCGGCUGUGUAGAGAAAGACUCAGUCUGACUCAGACCUCAGCGGGAGCUGCACACGCUUAUCAACAGCCGCCUCCUUUCAUCACUCACAGCUGUAAGAAUGCCCCUCUUCCUCCUCUACUUCAGCGGCAGAAUCGAGUUUCUGGACCUCUCCAUUACUCUGUUACUUCUCACACUGAGCAUGACCAUAAACCCAUCUAUGGACCGCUGAGGACCACCAUCUAUUCUAAAGCCUCUCCUCACUGGAACACACACUUCCUGAAUGAACUGGCUCAAAAGCUCCGACACUGCAGGUCAGUCAGGGUUGUUUCAAAGCCUGUCAGCGAGAUGCAGGACUGCUACAGGGGACGGUCAGCACCACAUGAGCCUCUAGAUGACCACCAUAGGACCCUGCUGGAGCUGUAUGGACAACUCGAACAAGCUCCACCCCUGUUUCCCAAAGAGCCGCUGCUCAGCACAUCUCAGGAGGACUACAGGCGCUUCAGCAGAUCUGAACUGGCUCCGCCUUCUGCCCUAAAUGCCCCACCCAUUCAAGGAACCCUGACCAAGAGUGCAGCACUCAGCCGCAUGCGCCCACAUAAAGUCACGCCCAAUCCAGCCUCGGAGCUGCCCCGCCCAUGCUUGGCGCUGCCCCACAGUGCUGGAAACAGUCUGUACAUGGAUAGCUUCACUGUACCUGCCUGUCUACCCAAACUACACACCCCUGAUGCUGCUCAGGGCGGGGCACAGUGCGGAGAGCAAAGAGGGAAGAGGGCACUGGAGCACAUUUUGGGGGUGCCUAAGAUGUAUCACACAGAGUAUCAGACCUAUGGGAAAGAGAGAGAGAGAUCUUGCUGAACAGGCAGUUGACUUCACGGCGAGACAGCUGAAGCAAGCGAAGCUGUUGUGUGUGCACGGAGGAGCGAGACAGGGAGGCCGGGAGUGGAAGAAAAAUAGCAGGCUUUUGGCAGCAUCUCACAAAUUAGCUUUUGAAUCCAUGUGAGUUUUUCCCGCCCCUGUUCUUCACUCUCUUCCGCCCACCUGCUCUCUGGAUCUCUGCCUCCCCUCCUCUUCCGUCUCCCACCGCAACCUGCCAGACAGACGGAGGGAGAGCAAGUGCGAGAGAGGGAGGAGUAAAGAUUUAAGAGCCGUGAACAGAAAUUUCAUACAGCAUAUUGAAAAGAAUACUCGAUACCAGUUAUCAUUGAUCUAAUCUACAACUUGUACUAUGAUUAAAGGAAUAUUACAGGAA